GGAAACCGGUAACAACAACAACGGAAACGACCGAGAAAUCCGACAGAAAAGUCAUGAACAAGUUGUGACGCGAUGAUAUACGAACGUCACCACGUUUGUCGACUUAAAUAUAUUCGACGAGAGCUGACGAUGUUUUUUGGACGUUGCCACAUUUUGUUGGUGGAUUUACAACUCUGGUUGAAUUAAGAAUGAUGCUGCUCAAGGAGGCAUAGUGUUGUUUUUUUGCCUUACUAUGAAUCCAGACGAUAACCCAAUGGAACAAGAUCCUGAUCGUAAAGAAGAUAAUGAUGCUGAUGACGAUGAUGAUGAUGAUGAUGGUGGUGCUAAUGGUGUCGGUGAUGAUGAUCAUGAUGGUGGUAAUGAGAAUGGUGAUGUAAGGCCUACUGAUAAUGAAGAAGAAGAAGAUGAAGAAAAUCAUGAAGAUGGUGAUAACGACAUUGGUGAUGAUGACUACUGCAGCUUUACAGAAGGAGAAGAAGAUUUGGAAGCUACAGUCCAAACUAUAAAUGAGCGGUUGAAGAGACCUCAAACAGAUUCCUCCGGGACCGGUACAAGCGCCUCCGAACCGCGCAUCACUGCGGACGAGUUUGUACGCAAUUUUCUCAGUCAAAUGAGGAUGACAGAAACCCUUAACACUUUCCAAACGGAGUGGACGGUGAUGGUGCAGAAGGGCUUGCUGCAUACCAAGCGCUUCGGCGAGGUUCCGGAGGUUCACAUCCAGAACCAGCGUUUGCACAACGAACUGAAGAAUGCGCUACGGGAGAGGAAGGAAUACCAGCUGGCAGCCUCCACCUCGGCCGAGACCCUGGCGAGGGUGCAGAAGGCCCGAGACGCGGAGUUUAUGAAGCGCAAGCGUGCAAGCCAGGAGAAUAACAGACUGCUGGAGGAUACGAGGAGACUCAAGUCCCAGUGCCACACGUACGAGUCUGCACUCCGGAGAAUGGACGACAAGCUUCAGGUCCUUGUCGAGCAGACUAUGCGGGCUGCUCUGGGGAGAGACAAGGUGCUGAACCUUGCUCAAAGUCAACCGUGUCCCCCCACUGUGCCAAGAGAUAAGGAGCAGAAAACCAACAGCUGCAUGAGAAGCUCACAUAGGUUAAGACAAGUUACUUAAUAAAAUAAUACAUUUAUUGUUGUUAUUUUUAGUAUGGUCUUAAAAGGACAAGAA